CAAAAUUAGACGUUACACGGAAGUCGGCGACUCCGUGAACACAUGACCUCCAUGUGGUCUUGGCUCGAUAACAUUUAUGGUGAAAUGUCAGCUUUCAUCGAAUCCCUCAGCAACCCUGCUGCAACAUCUCUACUCAUCUAGUCAUCUGAUAUGAUUCUUAAAAUCCCACCAACAAUCGCUGGUUAAAUUCCAAUUCCCUCGAUUUAUAAAACUGUUGUAGUUCUAUUUUACUUCAAGUAGUGAAAAAUCAUGGGAAAUCUCAAGGAUUUUCUUCAAGUUUUCUGCAUUGGAACAGCUGAUACGAAGCUUGACGAACUGCUAUUUCUCUCCGAAUCCGUCCGAUCCAAUCUCACGAACUUUUCCUCUACUUCUUCCUCGAAGGUACAAGUCGUAGUUAUAGAUGUGUCAGUUGGAUCAAAAGAGAUAAACACCUUCAAGGAUUUCAAGUUUGUGUCCAGAAAUGAACUUCUCUCUAGCUACUCCGAAUCCGAAAAUCAACCAGAAACCCAAAUUCCAGAAUCCAGAUCCGAAGCCCUAGUAAUCAUGAACAAAGCACUAACUCAUUACCUUACGAAAUCCCACCACCGCAGUUCUCUUUCCGGCGUGGUGGGGCUUGGCGGCAGUGGCGGCACAUCAAUGAUAUCAUCAGCUUUCCGAUCACUUCCACUUGGAUUACCCAAAAUCAUUAUAUCAACUGUAGCAAGUGGUCAAACUGAAGGGUAUAUCGGGACAUCAGAUUUGAUUUUGUUUCCAUCAGUUGUGGAUAUCUGUGGGAUUAAUAAUGUGAGUCGAGUCAUCUUAUCUAAUGCUGGUGCUGCUUUUUCGGGGAUGGUUUCUGGUCGACUCAUGAGUUUGAAAGAAUCCUCUUCUGGUAAUGACAAAUUUACCCUUGGUCUAACCAUGUUUGGGGUUACAACUCCAUGUGUAAAUGCUGUGAAAGAAAGAUUGAAUAAGGAAGGUUAUGAGACUCUGGUUUUUCAUGCAACUGGAGUUGGAGGGAGAGCUAUGGAGGAUUUAGUUAGAGAAGGAUUUAUACAGGGUGUUUUGGACAUUACAACAACAGAAGUUGCAGAUCACAUAGUUGGAGGUGUUAUGGCUUGUGAAGAAUCAAGAUUUGAUGCAAUAAUCGAAAAGAAAAUUCCUUUUGUUUUGAGUGUAGGAGCUUUAGAUAUGGUGAACUUUGGUGCUAAGAACACCAUACCUAUGAAUUUUCAACAGAGGAAAAUAUAUGAACACAAUGAACAGGUGUCAUUGAUGCGAACCACAGUGGAGGAAAACAAGAAAUUUGCUGCUUUUAUUGCACGAAAAUUGAACAAAUCAUCAUCAAAAAUACGUGUUUGCUUACCAGAAAUAGGAAUAUCUGCUUUAGAUGCCCCUGGAAAGCCUUUCUAUGAUACAAAUGCUACUGGUGCUCUUAUAGAAGAAUUAAAGAGACUUAUUGAGCCUACAGAAGAUAGGAAGGUGAAAGUCUACCAAUAUCACAUCAAUGACACCGAGUUUGCAAAAGCUUUAGUUGACUCAUUUUUGGAGAUACAUAAGAAGCCUAAUGUUUCUACUCAAAAACAAAAAGUUAUUGAACAUGAUCAACAACCCCUUCAAGAAUUCCCAAAAAUACCCUCCACGAGUUACAAAACCAUUCCUUACAACUUAACCGACUUCCCUAACGCAAAGCCAGAAACAUUGAAAAGGACUAGGGAAGUGUUGGAGAAGUUGAGAGAAGAAAUAAGGGCAGGAAAACCAAUAAUUGGGGCAGGGGCAGGGACGGGAAUUUCUGCAAAAUUUGAAGAGGCGGGCGGUGUGGAUCUGAUUGUGGUGUACAGUUCCGGGCGGUUUCGGAUGGCGGGCAGGGGUUCAUUGGCGGGGUUGUUACCGUUUGGUGAUGCGAAUGCUAUUGUGGUUGAUAUGGCUAAUGAAGUAUUGCCGGUGGUGAAAGAAGUAGCUGUUCUUGCUGGAGUAUGUGGGACCGAUCCAUUCCGUAGAAUGGAUCACUUUCUUAAACAAUUGGAAUCAAUUGGAUUCUGUGGAGUCCAAAACUUUCCAACUGUUGGACUCUUUGAUGGUAAUUUCAGACAAAAUCUUGAAGAAACCGGAAUGGGAUACAGGUUGGAGGUGGAGAUGAUAAACAAAGCUCAUAAAAUGGGGUUAUUAACAACACCAUAUGCUUUUAAUGAAAACGAGGCGAUUGAAAUGACAAAAGCUGGCGCUGACAUCAUCGUAGCACAUAUGGGGCUCACGACUUCCGGUUCAAUCGGAGCAAAGACAGCUGUCACAUUGGACGAAAGCGUAAUUCGCGUACAAGCUAUUGCAGACGCCGCUCAUAAAAUCAAUCCCGAUGCUAUUGUACUAUGCCAUGGAGGUCCGAUAUCCGGUCCAUUGGAAGCGGAAUUUGUAUUGAAAAAUACGAAUGGAGUUCAUGGAUUUUAUGGUGCAUCAAGUUUGGAAAGAUUACCGGUUGAACAGGCUAUAAAAGGAACCGUUCAACAAUAUAAAUCGAUAUCUUUAUCGUAGAUAUGCACUUGUAGCUUGUAUAAGCAAUGUUUUACAUUUUUUUUGUUGUGUAUGUGAGAAAAGUUUAGUUCAAAGUUUUAUAGAUGUAAAAAUGUUUUAUAAUUAUAUAUCAGAAUAAAAAUAUAUUUACCAC